AUGGAUUCCCACGAGCAUCCAAUUGACAAAGCUCAGUGGUUACAAGACGAGCGCAUCAAAGCUGACUGGAAUUUCUUUGUCACGUGGGAUCAGUGGGUGCCACUGAAGUUGUGGCCGACUCCAUCCCCUCAAAAAGACAUGAUUCCUGUCGGUCUCAACAAAUUUCGCAUUCGACCUAAACGACCAACUACAUCCCGCACCAUUCAACCAAAGAAACAUCCAUCCUCAGUCAUACAAACACAACCGGAUCGUGCAGACGCACUUUCCAAGAAUAUUUUGGCCAUGAAAGUAAUAUUUGACAUGGGCUGGAGCACUGAAGCCGAUGACCCGCUGACCAUGGAGACGCCAACUGGAACAUCAUCGGCCAGUGAACACUUUGGAGGUCAAACAUUCAACAUGUGCUGGGACACUGAGGUUGAUCUGGCGCCGAUCAUGAGCGAGGAUGCAGCGAGACCUGCUGCCGCAGGUCAGUACAAUCUUUGUUGGGAUGAUGAACCGACCCAUUAA